AUGUCGAAAGAAAAACUUAUUCCUUACUCUGAUUAUUUCGACGAAUAUCCUACUGAUAGUUGGUCCUACUCAAGCUUUAUACGCUACGCCUUUAACAAAAGGUUGCUUCCGCCUAACCCCGUAAAAGUCUACAAGAAGUGUCUGGAUUUUAUCGAGCAAAAGUACGACUCUUUGAAGCGCUCAAAGGCAAUUUCACUAAAGAAAUCGUUCAAGCCAGGUCAAUACUAUACGGAGUGUCCUCGCGCCACUCUGGCAUUCCUUGGCGUGUUGCUACUAUUGUGCUCUAUUAGACAAAGCAUCGAUACUAUACAGAGUGCCCUCGCGCCACCCUGGAUUGGCAAAAAAAUGGAAGGAGAAUGGUUGGCUAGUCUUAAUAAAUUAGCAAAAAAUGAAGAAAUCGAAGAGUACGAAUAUCAUGCGUCGCUAAAUAAAGAUGAAGAGACGAGAACCACCUCAACUGAUCCGAUAAUAGAUACAAAAGGCGAAGACGUAUUUAAUCAACCGCCAUCGAAAAGAGUCAAGAAUAAUGAUCCCGAAAAACAACGAACUCCAAAACGACAAAAAUAUCCUCCAGAAACUAGUGGAGAGAUCUGUAACAAAAGUAUUAAAGAAUCGGAAAGCAAUUCACCAAAUCACGACGAGUUUGAUACAUCUGAUACAGUUGACGAUAACGAUGACGACUCUGACUAUGUUUAUAAUUCGGAAUCUUCGUCCUGUGAAGAAACAAAGGUUACAAAGUCAGCUCGGAGCAAUUCACCACUUCACGACGAGUUUGUGAGAGUGAUAUAUAAUACCGACGAAGAUUAUUCUGAUGAAUCCGUUAAUUACGAUGACCCUAAUGACCCUGAUUAUGUUUAUAGCCCGUCUUCGUUGAAUAACGACGAAGAAACACCAUCUGUAUCGCCAGCCAAACGGACUAUUCACGAGCUUGACCAAUAUAUUAAUACAAAUAGUAAGGAUACCACG